GUCAAAAUGGAAGAUGACGCACCCGUAAUAUAUGGUCUUGAAUUCCAGGCACGAUCGCUUACUGCCCAGACAGCUGAGACAGAUGCUAUUCGCUUCCUUGUGGGCACACAGUCUCUGAAGUUUGACAACCAGGUGCACAUCAUUGAUUUUGAUGAUGAGAAUAACAUUAUUAAUAAGAAUGUCCUCCUACACCAAGCUGGAGAGAUAUGGAACAUUGGUGCCAGUCCUGCAGAUAAAGAAAUACUUACCACCUGCUACAACAAAACCAGUGACAGUCGAGUGGUUUCCUGUGCAGCUGUAUGGCGAAUGCCCUCCAACUGGGAAACAGGAACCCAUGAGUGUCCUGAUGAUUCAGCACACAACCCUCAAACCCUGGAACUUCUUUGCCACCUAGAAGACAGUGCCCAUUGCAACGCAGCCUGCGUACUGUGGGAACCAAUGGGGGAUGGCAAGCGUGUGAUUUCAUUGGCUGAUAACUAUGUUCUUCUCUGGGACCUGCAGGAGAGCUGCACACAAGCCACAGUCUCCAGUACAGCAAUUCUCGAGGGUAAAGGACAGCUUAAGUUCACUUCUGGCAAGUGGAGCCCUCACCAUAACUGCAGUCAACUUGCCACUGCAAGUGACACAGCCAUAAGAGGCUGGGACCUUCGCACCAUGAGUCAGAUUUACUGUAUCGAGAACGCUCAUGGCCAGCUGGUACGUGACCUUGACUUCAACCCAAACAGGCAGUAUUAUUUGGCUAGCUGCGGAGACGACUGCAAGGUCAAAUUCUGGGAUGUCCGCAAUGUCCAGGAGCCCAUCAAAACACUGGAGGAGCACUCACAUUGGGUGUGGAGUGUCCGUUACAACCAUAGCCAUGACCAGCUGGUGCUGACGGCCAGCAGUGACAGCCGCCUCAUCCUGUCCAACAUGGUGUCGAUCUCCUCAGAGCCUUUUGGCCAUUUGGUGGAUGAUGAGGAUCUCAGUGAGGGGGAAGAAAACCCUCAGGAUGAUAAGGGCAAGGAGCCUCUGAAGGACAGUGUGGUCUCCACCUAUGAGGAGCAUGAAGACAGUGUAUAUGCAGCUGAGUGGUCAUCAGCCGAUCCGUGGCUCUUCGCGUCACUCAGCUAUGAUGGCCGCCUCGUCAUCAACAGGGUUCCCCGCAACCUCAAAUAUCAGAUCCUAUUAUGA